AUGGUCCUCGUUCACAUCGUGUUGUUCAAGUUUCGAGCAGAUGUCGGCGACGAGGUGAAGCAGGAAUUCCUUACACAAAUCAAGACACUCAAGUCUCUACCAUGUGUUAAGAGCCAGAGACUUGUGGUGGGAGGACCUUCAAUCACCACUCCGGCCGAAAAGAGCAAAGGGUUCCAAUAUGCUCUCGUGAGCUACCACGAGAACCGAGCAGCGUUGGCUGAGUACCAAGCUAGCAGUGAGCAUGAAAGGGUGACCGGCACAUACUUUAUUCCAUAUAAGGAGGAUCUUGUUCGGUUUGACUUUGAAACCGACCAAGCUGACGAGGCCCUGCUUGGCUUUUGA